AUGACACCAACCUCAACUAGCAAAAUCUAUGAUUCACAGCACUGGAAUCUUUCACAGUUUGUGGUUGCAAAGGCUUCAAACGCUCAACAGCCUCCAGUGAUGUCUGUGGAAGUUACCAUUGCAGAGGAAUUUGCAGGCCUACCUUCACAGAAGCCCAUAUGCUUUGAGCCAGUGUGCACCUCAUCAGCCUUGCACGGGGAGCUGCAUUCCCCAUUCCCCUGGACAUCUGACCUCGCCACACAGCCAGGAUCUGUCGCCAAUAAAGCAGCUACCGCGCGUCAGACACCGCACGAAACACUGGUGCGGAGCGCCAGCCCUCCCGGUCUGUUCUCAAACAUCUGGUUCUGGCGAGGUGUUGCUGGAAUCCUCGUUGCUGCUGUCGUCUUGAUUUUGUGUAUUCACUUUGUAAACCAUUCUUCGGACAAAGAUAUUCCUGCCUGUCCAUCCCUGGAACUCUGUCCAUCAGAUUGGCUAUAUUUCCAGAAGAAAUGCUACUACCUCUCAGAGAGAGAAGCCAACUGGAACUCUAGUCAGAACUUCUGCUCAUUGCGCAAUGCUUCCCUCCUGGUGAUCGAAAAUCUUCAGGAAUUGAGUUUUAUGGUGAAGAUAACAAAGCAAGACCCAUGGAUUGGACUUCAUAAAAUAAAUGAAGAAUUCUUUUGGGUAAAUGGGAGCACAUUAGAUAACAAGCUGAUUGAGGUAAAAGGCUCUGGAAACUGUGCCUAUCUUGAGUCAAAAGGAGUCUCGGCCUCUGGAUGUUAUUUAACCAGGAAGUGGGUCUGUAGCUUGAGUACUAGCUUAGCAUGAUAAUGGUGGGCGAAGUCACCUUCUCUGACACGUAGAACUCUGAUAUAUCUGCACAGUAUAUGUGUAUACUCUGGGACCUGGGAAUGUAUUUCAGCUCUUGCCUGGAAGUGAACAUGUUUUCUGGUAGCCAGGACUUUCUGCCCGUGGAGGGGGCUUCUGUUUUUUCACAAUGUCAUUUCAAUGUCUUUUCUCAGGGUCUUGAUAAAUUUUCUUGCCCCAUAUUUCUAGCUGCUAAGCUACUGCUCAGCCUGUAGCUUCUUUUGUGUCAUCAGUAUUUCUUCCAUGAUUUUGUGUCUUGUAGGAUCCUAAGCAGCUGUUCUUUUCUAUUUGGUGUGUCAUUGGAUGUGUUCGUUCUGCCUUUCUCUUUUCGAAGCUCUGUGUACAGGCAUGGUAUUAUACAAAGUGAUGUGGCUCUGCCUAAAGGUUUCUGUAUCUCCCAGAUACAGGAUGAUCCAGAAAUGAGCACUUUGGUUUUAGACAUGAGCAUUGUGGACUUCGUACUCCCAGUUUGAUGGGGUGCGUCUUGUGUGUCUCUGCAUCACAUUCAUUGUUUUUUGUAAUUGUUAUUUUGCAUUAAUUUUGUUUAAUUUGCUUGGUAGUAAUACUGAAAUUCAUAUAGCUGCUUUCCUGAAGCUCUCCUUCCUGCAGCACCCAUCUUAGCAAAAAAAUAAAUAAAAAGUAUUAAUUUAUCUGAGGAUUUGCACAAAUGGGGAGGAGAAGUUCAAACUACAAAAGUAAGGGUCCAAGUAUUAAUAUAGUAAAAUUAGAAAUAUCCCUAGUGCAAAUGGCAAAAUAUUGAGAAUAAGAGAAUUAAUAAUAAAGGAUGUGCCUUCAUGAUUUCCUCAUGUCUUAUGCCUAUCUGAGUUUGAGGAAUCUAGACAAGUGGUCAAUUUCUGGAUAGACUAUCAGUGUUUUGUUCUGUGUGCAUAUCAUUUUCAAUAGCAACAUACAGAAUGAGGGCACAAUCCCACUGAACUCUGUCCAUUCAUUCUACAAGGUAAACUGAAGACAGAAAGUGACAUUGAACUAAAGGAAGCAAAUCAGCUUGUUUUCAUGGAGGGACUAUUUGUAAUGGUUUUCUAGACAAGGAAGGAUCAGGAAUUCUCAUGUAUAACAGGGCAAAAUACUUCCUGCUCAGAAUAAAAUCUGGAAACAAAGGACUUUGUUUACUAAGAUUCCCUCUCUUUAAGGCAGCUCUGGCAGUAUAUCUAGUACAGAAUGCCCCUGGCCAUAGAGGUUGUCCAUGUAUUUUGUUAGGAAAUAAGGGGGGGUGACCUCUCAUCUGGUGGAAAUCAGUGUUGCUUAAUUGAUUCAAGUGGAAAUACGCUACUCUGCAGAAGUACAGGAUCUGCUGCUGUAUUGCCAUGCCCUUCUGUCACCUCUUCAGGCAUGCAUAGUUGACUUUUGUGAUGUGGUAUGCCGCAGGCUACAUGGGAUUUCUUAAAGAAGCAAGUGGAAUAACUUUUUGAGCCACUAGAGAGCAGUGUAGUUUCAGGGAAGGAAAGAUAAUUGUGUUUCUUUCAUUGUCAAGAAUGUAAAAUUGCACUGUGUUUUUUUCAGUAUUAUAUUUUGUCCUAUUUCUAAUAAUUUUUUUGCCUUCACUGUAUUUUUAUGAAAAUUUAAUUGUCUAAUUUUGUUAAUUGUUUUGUUUAUGCCUUCAUUAUUUUCUGUGACAGUAGGACUGUACUGUAACAGGAUUUUGUGGUACAGAUAUUGUUAAAAACUUGUAUCUUCUAGAUGUUAAUUUAUAUAUGAUCAUAAUUUUUCUGAACUACACUUUUUUAAUUGCAUGUGUUUUUAUAAGCACAGUAACAAGACUCUACAGUAUGAAUAGCAGUAGGAAUCUAUGUGUUAAUUUAUAUGUAACUUGUUUGUUUGUUUCCCUGCAAUGUUUUUAAAUUAACUAGCUCUGAAGAGUAUGGUAUGUGCAAUAGUCCGGAAAAGAUACUUAAUAAAUAUCUUUACAGAGCUUUUGAAUUCCA